AUGGUGACUUCUCCAGCUGAGACCACACUGACAUUGACUCCCACCACAGCACCUCCUAAAACGUCCACAUCUCCGGAAAGCACAGCUGCAGUUACAGCUCCUCUUCUACAAACCUCCACAGCUACUCUAAAGACCACUUCCUUAGCUGAGACUACUGCAAUCGCUAAGACCUCUACAGCUUCUCGGCAGUCCAAUUCCCUGGCUGAGACUACAGCAAUAACUAGUACGACUAUAGUAGAAGAGACAACCACGGUUGCACUUCCCACCAUUUCACUAUCUCAGAGCACAACUGUAGCCACUUCUGCUAGUCCAGAGACCUCCACUGCUCCACUAGAAUUUACUUCCUUAGCAGAGACAGCAGCAAUAACUACUGCCUCUACAAGGGGAAACAACGGCAGCCAUCUCUGUGACAACCACAACAUCGCUUUCACCUACCACAGUUGCUUUGACAACUGCGUCUACAGCAACAACGAGUUCCAGCUUCGUAGAGGAGACAACCACAGCUUCACCUCCAACCACUGCACUACCUGGGAGCACGGCUGUAGCUACUUCGACUAUUCUAGAGACCUCCACAGCUCCUUUGAAACAACCACCACUCUGGCUAUCACCACACCAGUCCCUGUGGCAACAUCCCCCACUGAGACCACAACUGGAGUCACUUCUAUUUUACUGUUGACAUCCACGAGGGGAAACAACGGCAGCCAUCUCUGUGACAACCACAACAUCGCUUUCACCUACCACAGCUGCUUUGACAACUGCGUCUACAGCAACAACGAGUUCCAGCUUCGUAGAGGAGACAACCACAGCUUCACCUCCAACCACUGCACUACCUGGGAGCAUGGCUGUAGCUACUUCGACUAUUCUAGAGACCUCCACAGCUCCUCUGUUUCACCAACCUCAACCCCCGCUUCAGCAAUUGAACAUUUCACAGUGAACUUCACCAUAACCAAUCUCAAAUAUGAUUCACAGCUGAGAUCUCCUCAUUCUACCCGGUUCAAUGCAACUGAGAAAGUCUUGAUCUCUUUACUCAACCCAAUAUUUGGAAACAGCAGCUUCGGCCCAGAUUAUAUAAAAUGUGAAGUGACGUCUUACAGAUCGGUGAGAGAUGGGAAUAACACCGGUGUGGAUGCCGUCUGCACCUACAGGCACGACUCCACUACUCCCCUGUUUGACAGAGUGGAUGUUUACCGUGAAAUCCAGAACAAGACAAAUGGCAUCACCAAACUGGGCCUCUACACCCUGGACAAGGACAGCCUCUAUGUCAAUGGUUAUAAUGAAGCACCAGCUCUGCCAACAAUUGAACGUUUCACAGUGAACUUCACCAUAACCAAUCUCAAAUAUGAUUCACAACUGGGAACGCCUCAUUCUACCCGGUUCAAUGCUACUGAGAAAGCCUUGAUCUCUUUGCUCAACCCAAUAUUUGAGAACAGCAGCAUCGGCCCAGCUUAUAUAAGAUGUGAAGUGAUAGCUUGCAGAUCGGUGAGAGAUGGGAAUGACACCGGUGUAGAUGCCGUCUGCACCUAUAGGCACGACUCCACUGCUCCCCUGAUUGACAGAGUGGGUGUUUACCAUGAAAUCCAGAACAAGACAAAUGGCAUCACCAAGCUGGGCCCCUACACGCUGGACAAGGACAGCCUCUAUGUCAAUGGUAACCAGCUGAUUUCUUUACAGCUUAGUCCCAACCCCAGAAUAACCUCAGGCCAUAGAAAGUAAGUGACUGUGUUAUGCCCAAGUGCUCUUUCUGGACCGUCAACCCCCACUCCAGCAAUUGGACAUUUCACAGUGAACUUCACCAUAACCAAUCUCAAAUAUGAUUCACAACUGGGAACGCCUCAUUCUACCCAGUUCAAUGCUACUGAGAAAGCUUUGAUCUCUUUGCUUAACCCAAUACUUAAGAACAGCAGCAUUGGCCCAGCUUAUAUAAAAUGUGAAGUAACGGCUUACAGACCGGUGAGAGCUGGGAAUGACACCGGUGUAGAUGCCGUCUGCACCUACAGGCGCGACUCCACUACUCCCCCGUUUGACAGAGUGGGUGUUUAUCAUGAAAUCCAGAACAAGACAAAUGGCAUCACCAAGCUGGGCCCCUACACCCUGGACAAGGACAGCCUCUAUGUCAAUGGUUAUAACGAAGCACCAGCUCUGCCAACUGUUUUGCCAACCUCAACCACUGCUCCAGCAAUUGGACAUUUCACAGUGAACUUCACCAUAACCAAUCUCAAAUAUGAUUCACAACUGGGAACGCCCCAUUCUACCUGGUUCAAUGCUACUGAGAAAGUCUUGAUCUCUUUGCUCAACCCAAUAUUUGAGAACAGCAGCAUCGGCCCAGCUUAUAUAAGAUGUGAAGUGAUAGCUUGCAGAUCGGUGAGAGAUGGGAAUAACACUGGUGUGGAUGCCGUCUGCACCUAUAGGCACGACUCCACUGCUCCCCUGUUUGACAGAGUGGGUGCUUACCAUGAAAUCCGCAACAAGACAAAUGGCAUCACCAAGCUGGGCCCCUACACGCUGGACAAGGACAGCCUCUAUGUCAAUGGUUAUAACGAAGCACCAGCUCUGCCAACUGUUUUGCCAACCUCAACCCCCGUUCCAGCAAUCGAACAUUUCACAGUGAACUUCACCAUAACCAAUCUCAAAUAUAAUUCACAACUGGGAACUCCUCACUCUACCUGGUUCAAUACUACUGAGAAAGCCUUGAUCUCUUUGCUCAACCCAAUACUUAAGAACAGCAGCAUCGGCCCAGGAUAUAUCAGAUGUGAAGUAACAGCUUACAGACCGGUGAGAGCUGGGAAUGACACCGGUGUAGAUGCCGUCUGCACCUACAGGCGCGACUCCACUACUCCUCCGUUUGACAGAGUGAGUGUUUAUCAUGAAAUCCAGAACAAGACAAAUGGCAUCACCAAGUUGGGCCCCUACACCCUGGACAAGGACAGCCUCUAUGUCAAUGGUUAUAAUGAAGCACCAGCUCUGCCAACUGUUUUGCCAACCUCAACCCCCGUUCCAGCAAUCGAACGUUUCACAGUGAACUUCACCAUAACCAAUCUCAAAUAUAAUUCACAACUGGGAACGCCUCAUUCUACCCGGUUCAAUGCUACUGAAAAAGCUUUGAUCUCUUUGCUCAACCCAAUAUUUAAGAACAGCAGCAUCGGCCCAGAGUAUAUCAGAUGUGAAGUGACGGCUUACAGACCGGUGAGAGCUGGGAAUGACACCAGUGUAGAUGCCGUCUGCACCUACAGGCGCGACUCCACUACUCCUCCGUUUGACAGAGUGAGUGUUUAUCAUGAAAUCCAGAACAAGACAAAUGGCAUCACCAAGUUGGGCCCCUACACCCUGGACAAGGACAGCCUCUAUGUCAAUGGUUAUAAUGAAGCACCAGCUCUGCCAACUGUUUUGCCAACCUCAACCCCCGUUCCAGCAAUCGAACAUUUCACAGUGAACUUCACCAUAACCAAUCUCAAAUAUAAUUCACAACUGGGAACGCCUCAUUCUACCCGGUUCAAUGCUACUGAGAAAGCUUUGAUCUCUUUGCUUAACCCAAUACUUAAGAACAGCAGCAUUGGCCCAGCUUAUAUAAAAUGUGAAGUAACGGCUUACAGAUCGGUGAGAGCUGGGAAUGACACCGGUGUGGAUGCCGUCUGCACCUACAGGCGCGACUCCACUGCUUCCCCGUUUGACAGAGUGAGUGUUUACCAUGAAAUCCAGAACAAGACAAAUGGCAUCACCAAGCUGGGUCCCUACAACCUGGACAAGGAUAGCCUCUAUGUCAAUGGUUAUAAUGAAGCACCAGCUCUGCCAACUGUUUUGCCAACCUCAACCCCCGUUCCAGCAAUCGAACAUUUCACAGUGAACUUCACCAUAACCAAUCUCAAAUAUAAUUCACAACUGGGAACGCCUCAUUCUACCCGGUUCAAUGCUACUGAGAAAGUCUUGAUCUCUUUGCUCAACCCAAUAUUUAAGAACAGCAGCAUCGGCCCAGCUUAUAUAAAAUGUGAAGUAACGGCUUACAGAUCAAUGAGAGCUGGGAAUGACACCGGUGUAGAUGCCGUCUGCACCUACAGGCGUGACUCCACUGCUCCACCAUUUGACAGAAUGAGGGUUUACCAUGAAGUGAGGAACAAGACAAAUGGCAUCACCAAACUGGGCCCCUACAUCCUGGACAAGGACAGCCUCUAUGUCAAUGGUUACAAUGAAGCAAACCCUCCACCAACUGUGAUGACAACUACAAUUCCAGCUCCAACAGUUGACUAUUUCACAGUGAACUUCACCAUCACGAAUCUCCUAUACACAUUCCAAUUAGGAACCCCAAAUUCCGAUACAUUCAAUGCUACCGAAAAAGUCCUGACCUCUUUGCUUGACCCAUUGUUCAAAAACAGCAGCAUUGGCCCUGUUUAUAUGGGAUGCAAAGUGAUGACUUAUAGGCCUGUGAAUAACGGAGAUGACACUAGCGUAGAUGCCCUCUGCACCUACAGAACUGAGUCUACCACAUCCAGGUUCGACAGAGUGAGGGUUUACCAUGAGCUGAGCAACAAAACAAGUGGAAUCACCAAGUUAGGACCCUACAGCCUGGAUGACAAGAGCCUUUUCGUUAACGGUUACAAUGAACCGCGUUCUGUGCCAACUACGAUACCAACUGCAACCAGUGCUCCUGCUCCAACAGUCGAACAUUUCACAGUGAACUUCACCAUAACCAAUCUCCAGUACACUUCUCAACUAGGAACCCCCAAUUCCUUGAAAUUCAAUAAUACAGAGAAAGUGCUAACCUCUUUGCUUGACCCACUGCUCACAAACAGCAGCAUCGGCUCAGACUACAAAGGAUGCAAAGUGAUAGCUUAUAGCCCUGUGACAAAUGGCGAUGGCACGCGCAUCGAUGCCCUCUGCACCUACCGAAAUGACUUCACCAGACCCAGGUUUGACAGAGCGAAGGUUUACCACGAGCUGAGCAACAAGACAAGAGACAUCACUAAAUUAGGUCCUUACAACCUGGACAACAGCAGUCUCUACGUCAAUGAAUACAACGAAGCACUACUUGGACCGACUCUGAGCCUAACUACCCCGCAGAGUCCAACAGCUGGGUAUUUCACAGUGAAUGCCACCUUAACCAACCUCCGCUACACCACAGACCUGGGGACACCGGGUUCCCGCAAAUUCAAUUCUACAGAGAAAACAAUACUGUAUCAUAUUGAGCCUCUGCUCAGAAAAAGCAGCAUUGGCCCUAUCUACACUGGAUGCAAAGUGAUGGCAUUUAGGUCGGUGAGGAACAGGGAUGACACAGGAGUAGACGCCUUGUGCAGCUACAGGAAUGAGCCCACGGCUCCCAAGUUUGACAGAGUGAAGGUUUAUCGUGAGCUGAGCAGCAUGACAAACAACAUCACCAAGUUAGGGCAAUACAACCUGGAGAACAAAAGCCUCUAUGUCAAUGAAUACAACGAAGCACUACUUGGACCGACUCUGAGCCAAACUACCCCCCAAAGACCAACAGCUGGGUAUUUCACAGUGAAUGCCACCUUAACCAACCUCCGCUACACCACAGACCUGGGGACACCGGGUUCCCGCAAAUUCAAUUCUACAGAGAAAACAAUACUGUAUCAUAUUGAGCCUCUGCUCAGAAAAAGCAGCAUUGGCCCUAUCUACACUGGAUGCAAAGUGAUGGCAUUUAGGUCGGUGAGGAACAGGGAUGACACAGGAGUAGACGUCUUGUGCAGCUACAGGAAUGAGCCCACGGCUCCCAAGUUUGACAGAGUGAAGGUUUAUCGUGAGCUGAGCAGCAUGACAAACAACAUCACCAAGUUAGGGCAAUACAACCUGGAGAACAAAAGCCUCUAUGUCAAUGAAUACAACGAAGCACUUCUUGGACCAACUCUGAGCCUAACUACCCCCCAGAGUCCAACAGCUGGGUAUUUCACAGUGAAUGCCACCUUAACCAACCUCCGCUACACCACAGACCUGGGGACACCGGGUUCCCGCAAAUUCAAUUCUACAGAGAAAACAAUACUCUAUUAUAUUGAGCCUAUGCUCAGAAACAGCAGCAUUGGCCCCGUCUACACUGGAUGCAAAGUGAUGGCAUUUAGGUCUAUGAAUAAUAAGGACACCGGGAUCAAUGCAGUAUGCAGCUACAAAAACAACUCCACAGUUGCUACGUUUGACAGAGUGAAGCUUUAUCAUGAGCUGAGCAGCAUGACAAAGGGCAUCACCACGAUAGGACCCUACACCCUGGAGAAGAAUGGCCUUUAUGUGAAUGGUUUCCACCUCUCAGACAUAGCUACUACUACAGAAGCUCCUUCCAUGGUGGCUCCAGAGAAUGUGGGGUAUCUGCUCAACUUCAGAAUAAUCAAUGUAAACCUAACCAACCCAGACCCGAAGUCUUUGGCCUACCAAGCAUUACAGAAAGACAUUGCUGACAAGAUCCUUGACCUCUCUGCCCCCAGGAUUGGCUCUGUAGUGGUCGACUGCAACUGCCACUUCAAGCCAGCACCCAACCGCAGUGAGGAGACCGUUCUAAGUGCAUUUCAGAAUGGAACGAGGAAUGCAAGCGCACAAUGGCUGGGAGGCCGCUACCAGCUGCAGGGAGCCAGGGUGAAUGUUUUGGAGCCAGUUAUUAAGCCAGUGACUCAGCCACCCGUCAGUGCUGAGCGAGAGACUUUCAGGUUAAACUUCACCGUCACUAACCUCUUCUACUCGUCUGAACUGAAACAACCCAGUUCAAAUCCUCAUCGACUGAACAAGCAGAUGAUUGAGAAAGCGCUUGACAAUAUUUUCAGAAAUAGCAGCGUCCAGAAGUACUUUGCCGGCUGUUCAGUUGAAAGCUUUAGGCCCAUCUCUGGGAAAACUUACACUGGUAUUAACGCCAUUUGCAAAUUUACGCUGGACAGCACCUCCAGGGCCUUUCAAAGAGAAGAAGUGUAUGAGGAGUUUAAACGUCUCACCAACGGAGGCACUCAGCUAGGGGACAGCUACACGCUAGACAAGGAUAGCUUGCUUGUUAAUGAUUAUUCUCCUCUCAACACAAUGGCAGGAGAACCUGGUAGAUCGGCAAACAAAUGCAAAAGAGCAAUGAGCCUGGCCAUGGUGAAUCCAUUACACAUUUGGGACUCAUGGGAAAUCCUUGCAUUAUCCACCCAGCGCUACGGUGUAUCCACCGAACACCACAUCCUGGGGAGCAGCAGCACCCGCUUCCCCUGCACCACCAGGCUUCUCCUAGGACGUAAGACAGAGUCAGAGUUUGAGGCUAGAAGGGACUACCAGGUCAUCUAG